CUUUGCUCCCUAAACCACCGCGGCGGGCAAAGUAAAAAUGACUUGUGCCCGUCCGGUCCACAACUAUUUUCAACUUUCCAUUGAAUCAACUUGACUCACCGCUACCGUCUCAGGAGGAAUGUUAAAAAGGGUUGCAAAAGGAUAGCAACGCGUUUGCUUGGUUCUUUUGUAUUUGUUACCAAUGCAAGAUGUCGGUGUAGUCCGGCAUGAUAGUACCGUCCACUGUGAUGAUCCUUCUGAUAUUGAAAAGCAGAGUGCGGAGAUCAGCAAUCAUGACUUAGCUACUGAAAGAGUGGAUCAAACUGUACUCACCAUAGUGGUUCCUGCAAGCGAAUCAAUCAACUCCCAGGCUCCCACAUUAACCACAGACCCAGUUGGGAACAUUUCCACCAUUGAGAAAAUAGCAAUUGUAGAGUCUCCUAAGAAGCCUUGCUUAUCCAGGAAUCAUAGUUUUCAUGAACAAUGCAGAGUAUGUCAAGAGGAAAAGGAGGAAGAGUUGAUCGAUCUUGGAUGCCACUGUCGUGGUGGAUUGGCAAAAGCACAUCGGACAUGCAUAGAUACAUGGUUUAGUACUAGAGGUUCAAAUAAAUGUGAAAUAUGCCAGCAAGUAGCUGUAAAUGUGGCAUCUCCAGAGGCUCAUGCACCUGUUAGAAAUCAAACAAAUAAUGUGGAUCCAGAUUCUACUAUGUCAGAGUAUAAAAUUAACUGGUGGAUCUUAUUUAGACAAGUUACUGGAUUUGGAGAGUCGAUCCUUCUUUUAGGGGGACGGAUAUUUCCCAAGAGCGGGAUAGAGGUUGCCUUAAUCCACUUUGGGUUGCAUUUUGUAUCCUCAUUGGCGGUCUGUUUCUGGAUGUGUUAAUAUCCAUUACGCUUGGAGUCUCUGCAUUGCCUGUGAACAUCAUAAUCGGGGUAAUAGUUGUGCUGGGACUCGGAACAGCUCUUCGGCUUGCCCUUGAGUUCUGCCAUGAUCGGAGUAUCAGAAGUGUAGUUCACCGGUUAGAAGGAAAUGUCAGUCUUGGAUAUCAUCCUACGGUAUAAUUGUUCAUACACCCUGAAACAUUGAAAUUUAUCCAGCCUGCAACUUGAAAGAUUUGUUGGAGCCAGUAUUUUUAGAUGACAAUUUCUGAUUGAGAACUUACUUUACCCAUUGUAUUUAUUUCGUUUGAGGAUGCAGUGUGCAGUUUGACAUCUUGUUUUGCAGCUUUGAUAUCUAUAUACAGCAGUCUCUAUUCCCAAAAUUACUU